UCGUCCCCGCGCGCUGCAGCCGGCGAGACCGCGCACUGGCCGGAGCGGCGCGCCUGGGGCGGGAGGAGCGGGGUUCCUCCAGUCCUCAUCCUUAGAGCUCGCCCGGCCUGUUGGAGAGGGCACAGGGCAGCGGAGGGCGAUUGGCGGCGGCGAGCCAGCACUGAGAGAGCAGACGCCUGAGGCGACAGAUCGGCGGCCACUGGCCCAGUACGGGGACCGUGAAGGGAAAAGUCCGGGUCACGAUUGCCCUCGGUGGUAGGGCGGCCCAACCCAAACUGCCCUGGUCCCUGCUCCGGUCCGUCUAAGAGGCUCGCAGUCGCUUGGGGCGGCCGCCAUCCCGAGGGCGGGGCUCUGGGAAUUGGGUAUCUGGACCGCCGCGGUCUGUUCCUCCCGCCACUCGCACCAGGUGGUGACACCAUCCAGCCGGUGACCAUGUUCGACAAGACGCGGCUGCCGUACGUGGCCCUCGAUGUGAUUUGCGUGUUGCUGGCUGCCAUGCCUAUGACUAUUUUAAAAUUGGGCAAAGUAUAUCCAUUUCAGAGGGGCUUUUUCUGUACUGACAACAGCGUGAAGUACCCGUACCAUGACAGUACCAUCCCGUCCCGUAUACUCGCCAUACUGGGGCUUGGCUUACCCAUUUUCUCUAUGAGUAUUGGAGAAUCUCUGUCUGUUUACUUUAAUGUCUUACAUUCGAACUCCUUUGUCGGCAAUCCCUACAUAGCCACCAUUUACAAAGCCGUCGGAGCCUUUUUGUUCGGAGUCUCAGCUAGUCAGUCCUUGACUGACAUCGCUAAGUAUACUAUAGGCAGUUUGCGGCCGCACUUCUUGGCUAUCUGUGACCCAGACUGGUCAAAAAUCAACUGCAGUGAUGGUUAUAUCGAGGACUACAUAUGUCAGGGGAAUGAAGAGAAAGUCAAGGAAGGCAGGUUGUCCUUCUACUCCGGACACUCUUCAUUCUCUAUGUACUGCAUGCUGUUUGUCGCACUUUAUCUUCAAGCCAGGAUGAAGGGAGACUGGGCAAGACUCUUACGACCCAUGCUCCAGUUUGGGCUCAUAGCUUUUUCCAUAUAUGUGGGCCUUUCUCGAGUGUCUGACUACAAACACCACUGGAGUGACGUCACAGUUGGACUCAUUCAGGGAGCUGCUGUCGCUAUACUGGUUGCUUUGUAUGUAUCCGACUUCUUCAAGGACACACAUUCUUACAAAGAGAGAAAGGAAGAGGACCCACACACGACUCUACAUGAAACCGCCAGUUCACGGAACUACUCAACCAAUCACGAGCCCUGAAGGGUACAGGGGUGCUGGCCCGCUUCAAAGGAGACAGCUGGAGGCUAAAGGCAGGAAGAUGCAUAUUACUUCCUGCUGUACAGACCAUUCUUUAAAGGACUGCUGCUAUACCUCUUGGAUGCCCACUUUAUGUGUGUAUAUAGUUACUUCUAACACAAUGAGUAACAGUUCAAUUAAAGAAAAUGAAGCCUUUCACUAAAACACUGUCCCACCUGUACAUUUUUUAUUGAAAGACGCUAUGUACAAAUGUGUAUGUUACAUGCCUUCUCAGAAUGAUGUUGACUUAAAUAUAAUAAAAUGCUUGUGAACCAC